CAUGAAGAAAUUCACACUGGAUUGAAAUCUUAUGAAUGUAAACAGUGUGGGAAAGCCUUCUAUUCAUACAGUGGCCAAAGAAGACAUGAACAAGUUCAUUGUAGUGAGAAUCCAUAUGUAUGCAAGCAGUGUGGCAAAGCUUUCACUUCUUCCUGGUACCUGAAAUUGCAUGAAGGAAUUCACAUUGGAGCAAAACCUUAUGCAUGUAAACAAUGUGGGAAAGCCUUCUAUUGGUCCAGUGACCUUCGAAGACAUGUAAAAACUCACAGUGGUGAGAAACCCUAUGUAUGCCAGCAAUGUGGGAAAGCUUUUAGUUCUUCCAGUUACCUCAAAACACAUGAAGGAAUUCACACUGGAUUGAAAUCUUAUGAAUGUAAACAGUGUGGGAAAGCCUUCUAUUCAUGCAGUGGCCGUAGAAGACAUGAACAAAUUCAUAGUAGUGAGAGACCAUAUGUAUGCAAGCUGUGUGGCAAAGCUUUCAUUUCUUCCUGGUACCUGAAAUUACAUGAAGGAAUUCACAUUGGAGCAAAACCUUAUGCAUGUAAACAAUGUGGUAAAGCCUUCUAUUGGUCCAGUGAUCUUCGAAGACAUGUGAAAACCCACAGUAGUGAGAAACCCUAUGUAUGUAAACAAUGUGGAAAAGCUUUUAGUUCUUCCAGGUACCUCAAAAUACAUGAACGAAUUCACACUGGAGAGAUGAUUUUUGCAUGUAAGUAAUGUGGAAAAGCCUUUACUUCAUCCAGGUAC